CUUUGUGUAAUACCCCUUUUUUUUGUUUAUGCAUCUGUAACUGAUCAGUUAACUACAUAUCCCAUUCAGCAGUCAGAAGGACUAUGGCCAAGCUAAACUAACAGUCAAGAUCCCCAAUCUGCAGUCAGCAAACAAUGCAGUCAGCAACAUAGUGCUGGAUAUGAGAUGGCUCCCUGAGUCAUGCAAACAAACCCUGAUAGAAUCCUAUUUCUAUUAUUGAUCUGGUUCACAAUGUGUCUGUGCUGUACAGACUAACUGUAUACACGCAUGCCCGGCCUAAUGUAUUUGGAUGACCCCAAAAAAAAGAAAAAGUAGAGUAUGUCCCACCAUGCAGCGCGGGACAAUUCUCUCUCCCACCCCCGGCAGUAAGGAGGCUUUCAUAUCCAACUCCAAGGAUUGGACUAAUGGCGGCCAACAAAUCUUUACGCUGAGAGUAAAUCCAAAACAUAGCCCUGUCUCACUACAACCGCAUAGCCAUUUCAGUGAAAGGCAUCGUCAAAUUCAUACGGGAACACUGAUCUGAAAAGGGGGGGUGGAGGCGAAUUCAAGCAGCAAAUUGUGCUGGGACUUUCCUCUUCUUAAAAAUGGAUGAACACGCCGGCGGAGGAGUUGGAAUGGCCGCCUCAAGACAGCAGCAGGGGAAUAACAACGUUAAUCCCCAAAUCGGUAGUGGAGGUGGCUCAGGGAUGGGGCAGCAGCAAGACGACAUACCACGGCCACAGCAAUAUACCAUCCCCGGUAUUUUACAUUACAUCCAGCACGAAUGGGCCCGAUUCGAAAUGGAGAGAGCUCAUUGGGAAGUGGAGAGGGCCGAACUUCAGGCUCGAAUAGCAUUCCUACAAGGAGAAAGGAAAGGUCAAGAAAAUGUAAAGAAUGAUCUAGUUAGAAGAAUAAAGAUGUUAGAAUAUGCAUUAAAGCAAGAACGAGCAAAAUACCAUAAAUUAAAAUAUGGAACAGAAUUAAAUCAAGGUGAAGUUAAGAUGCCUAACUUUGAACCAGAAGAAACCAAAGACACAGAGGUCCCUGCUGUACCCCAGAACAGUCAGCUGACGUGGAAACAGGGCAGACAGCUCCUCAGACAAUAUCUUCAGGAAGUAGGUUACACGGACACAAUACUAGAUGUACGGUCUCAGAGAGUGCGUUCGUUACUGGGCCUAUCCGGCUCGGAGCAGAACGGCUCUGUGGAAAACAAAAACCUGGAGCUGAUCCUCAACGGAGGGGAGUCUCCAGCCAAACCAAAGGGACAAGAUAUGAAAAGGAAUCCAGGAGACGUUCUGGAAACAUUUAACUUCUUAGAAAACGCAGACGACAGUGACGAAGAUGACGAUGAGGAGGGAGACCUGAUGGAGGAUAUAGACAGCGGCAAACACACAAUAAAAAAACUUAAGAUAAAGGUUGGGAACGAGGGCCUGGCCUCUGACCUUCCAGACGAUCCCGACACGGAGGAGGCUCUGAAAGAGUUUGACUUUCUGGUGAAUGCCGAGGAUGGAGAGGGAGCAGGGGAGGCCAGGAGUUCAGGGGACGGGACCGAAUGGGCCGAGCCCUUACCUUUUCCCUCGGGCGGGGGCAAGUCCUUUAUCAUUGGCUCUGAUGACGUGUUGGAGAGUUUCCUGGGCCUGGGAGACCUGGCUGACCUCACCGUCUCCAACGAUGAGGCUGACUACAGCUAUGAUCUACCAGCCAAUAAGGACACAUUCAGGAAGACGUGGAAUCCCAAGUACACCCUGCGCAGCCACUUUGACGGGGUCAGGGCUCUGGCCUUCCAUCCUGUAGAGCCUGUCCUGGUCACCGUGUCUGAGGACCACACACUCAAACUGUGGAACCUGCAGAAGACCGUACCUGCCAAAAAAAGUGCCUAUUUCGAUGUGGAGCCCAUUUACACAUUCAGAGCCCAUGUUGGGCCUGUGCUGUCCCUGGCUAUGAGUUCCAGUGGAGAGCAGUGUUACAGUGGAGGGAUUGACCACACAAUACAGUGCUGGAACAUCCCCAGCUCCAACGUAGACCCUUAUGACACCUACGACCCCAGCGUCCUGGCUGGAACCUGGCUGGGCCACACAGACGCUGUGUGGGGGCUGGCCUACAGCGGGAUCAAGAACCGCCUGCUGUCCUGCUCCGCAGACGGAACCGUCAAGCUGUGGAACCCCCAGGAGAAGAACCCAUGCAUCAGCACUUACAACCCAGAGAAAGAACACGGCAUCCCCACGGCGGUGGACUUCAAUGGCUGUGACCCCGCCCACAUGGUGGCGUCCUUCAACACGGGCAACGCUGUGAUCUAUGACCUGGAGACGUCCCAGGCUGCCGUGGUGUUCGCCUGUCAGGGGGAGAACACUCUGCCUGGAGCCAACCACAUCAACAAGGUAGUGAGUCACCCCACCCUGCCUGUCACUAUCACGGCCCAUGAGGACAGGGACAUCAAGUUCUUUGACAAUAAAUCAGGUAAAGUGAUCCAUGCGAUGGUGGCCCACCUGGAUGCUGUCACCAGCCUGGCUGUGGACCCCAACGGGAUCUACCUGAUGUCAGGAAGCCACGACUGUUCAAUCCGUCUGUGGAACCUGGACAGUAAGACCUGUGUGCAGGAGAUCACUGCCCACCGCAUGAAGUCUGACGAGUCCAUCUAUGACGUUGCCUUCCACCCGUCUAAGGCAUACAUAGCAAGUGCGGGGGCCGAUGCCCUGGCCAAAGUGUUUGUGUAGUAGACAAGCUCUGCUCUGCCAGACUGAGCUGAGCGGGUAGACACAAAGAAAGAAUAGACUGCUUCACUGCCCUGUGUAACGAGAGUAGCAUUUUAUAACACUACAUUGAAGCUGCCUCCCUCCAUCCCUAUUGAACUCUACACCUGACAGAAACCAGGUGCCAAGGGGACUUAUGCCAGGCAUGGUGAGUGGAGGAGCGACCAAUCAGUUGUAUCUGUUUUCGAACACAAAAACAUUUAACUGUAAUUUACUCUAAGUUAAAACAAGCCAGUGUAUGUAGCCUUUUGACUAGGUUUGAGCUGAGCUAAUAUCUGUCCUGUAGGUAUACUUCAGUGACCAUGGACGGAGUGGCUGUCGUAUGCGUCAGACAGUGGGUCGUCAGAGAGAGGUCAGGACUGGGUCAUGUCUUUUAAUCUGAUUCACACAACUGGGCUGACCCCGACCAUACUGAACUGGCUUAGAUAUGAUCUUUUCACAUUGUUCUUUUCACCACGUUUCCAGUAACUAUGGUGGAUUUGUGACCAGGCCAGUACAGCUCAGCUUGGCUCGCUAGUGUGAAAAGGGUAUUUAACGGGACGUGGCCACAGCCCCUGGUGGGCUGACCGGGAGACCCUGCGGCGUGGAUUCAGUUCAUGCUGAACACGAGUCACAGGCGUCCACUCAACCAUGUAGCGAGAGAAAAAUAAUAUGAAAUGAAAUAUAAGUCAAUCAACUUCACUUUAGCGUAGGUUACAUGACAUUUUUGUGUAAAAAUAAAAUAUAGUUUUUAUAAUCCUUUUUAUAUAAAUAUAGUCUGUCAUAACAGCACUGAAAAAAUUGUUUAAAAAAAAAAGGGAAUAUUUAUUCCUGGUUUGAACCCUCCAUCACAACUCAUGCUGUCCUCCACAACUGAUCUGACUUAUUUUCCCCCUGUCACAGAAAACCCUCGCUGAUCUCGCCCUUCCUAACCCUAGGAUGCUAUCUCUUACAUUGCUUUGACACCGUCUUGUCACGGCAGUAAAGACUAGGACUAAAAGAAGCCCAUUUAAUGGCUUCCUGAGAGCUCUUUUUAAAUAAACUGCAGCCUCCUAUCACUAUGUGAUAUGUUUGUACACCUUACUGUAUUUGAGUUUAUUUAUCACAGGUUAUUAGACAUCUUAAUACUAUUUAUUUCACUUUCUGUUAGUCUUAUCCGUUCAACUACAUACACGGCCCAAGGAUCUCUAUAAGAUCAAGUGAAACUGUAAAUACAAAACAAGUGAAACCUGAUGUCAGUCUGAGGUAUAGACUGCCUUAUUCUGUUAAAUCACUGCUUUGAAGCAAGCAUGGAGUGUAAUUGUUUCUCUUUAUUAAGGGAUUGGAAUAGCAAACGUAAGAUUAAUCACGACUCAAUGUUUUGUUUGGUUGUACUAUUUUCCUUUUAUCUUGAAAAACUGUUAUUUUCAAACGUACGGUGUAGCCAAGUCUUUUUUUUUUGUUUCUGUCAUGCAUGAUUAAUACAAUCAAUACUUUUUUUUUUAGACUUCCAAUAAAAGGUUCUGAUCAGUUUGCGAAUUUUGAUGUUUUGUAAGGUUUUUGAUUUGCAAACUAUGAAUCAGCAGAUUUUAAAGAUUGUACCACAUUCAACAGUUCAAAAGUAAUGUAUAUAAAAUGUCUAUAAUAAAUAUUAAAUGGUGUACCUGUA